AUGAGAGCAUUUUUCGUUUUUCUGUUACUGCUUUUCAGCAGGGCUUCUGGUUUUCCUCAGAAUGAUUCUGUGUGUCCUACUGACUCAUUAGAUGACUUAUCCAGUUGCUUUACCUACUUUAACCAUAGUCUGAACUGGUCUCAGGCACAGGAUGUAUGCCAACAACAUGGGCUCCAUCUUAUCACCAUCCAAAACUUUAGUGAGGUCUCUGCCAUUGCUGCUUUGGUAAAAAACUACCAACAGAAGAAAAAUAUCUGGAUUAAAUUAGAAGACCAUAGUCAGAAUAUCCAGUGGAAAAUUAUUCACCAACCUGGAAAUGGACAUAACCCACUGAAGAACCAGGAAGUCAUUGUAAAGCAAAAUGUCUGUGUAGAACUUAUAGCAACAGAAGGUGAGAGCAUGUGA